CCCUGGUACAUCGUCGCCUCGCAAUCGGUAGCCCCGGCCACAAAUCUGCGCAAUGAGUAGUAACGAAGCAUCCUGGAUCGAAACAGAGGACUGGCAUACGGCCGGAGAACCAUUCCGCAUCGUUGACAAGCUUCCAACAGGCCAUCUUCCCGAAGGACAAUCUGUAGCUGAGCGCCGCUUCAACGUGAUGAAGAAAUCCGAGCAUCCUUUGAACGUCCUCCGGCAGCUAUUAUGUCACGAACCCCGUGGCCAUGCCGACAUGUACGGUGGCUUUGUCACCCCUCCCAACGACUCUGGUGCUCAUUUCGGUGUACUGUUUUGGCACAAAGACGGCUUCUCAACGGCCUGCGGCCACGGUACCAUUGCUUUGGGCUACUGGGCUGUGAAUAAAGGACUUGUCAAGGCUCCUGAAGGCGACGGUAUAGUGGAAGUGGUUGUUGACGUUCCCUCCGGCCGGGUGGUCGCAAGCGUUGCAGUGAAACAGGGAAAGCCAAUCCAUGCGGACUUUAUCAACGUGUUGAGCUAUCAGCUGGGCAAAGGUUUGCCAGUCAAGAUUCCGUCACAUGGAUCAGAGAUUAGUGUGGACCUAGGCUUUGGCGGUGCUGUCUAUGCUACUGUGGAUGCGGCACAGCUGGGGCUCAAGGUCGAGCCUAAUCAUUGCGGAGAUUUCAUCAAAUUGGGACGGGAGAUCAAGGUCGCUCUUGGAGAGAAGGGCAACUAUGGUACAUAUGGCUUAUACGGGAUCAUCUUCUAUGAUGAAGGAGAGCAUGCUGGGGAUGAGUCGGUAGCUGUUACGCAAAGAAACGUUACCAUCUUUGCUGAUGGUCAGGUCGAUCGCUCUCCAUGCGGUUCUGGUACGUGUACAAGACUCGCGAUUCUUUUAGCAGAGGGGAGACUUAGACCUGGAUGUUCCAAGCUUCUCCACCGAUCCAUCAUUGGCACAUUGUUCGAGGCAGAUAUCGUGUGUGAAGAAAAGAGUCCUCUCGACGAGUUUCCAGCCUGCAUACCUCGUGUAAGAGGGCAUGCGAACCUAGUUGGGCGAAUGAACUUCCUCAUAGACCCAGCGGAUCCUGUUUUUCCGGGCUUUCUACUACGAUAGCAAGAUAGAUUGUAAUCAACUCUCGUC